CAAGGGAAAGCCAAACUUUUAUUAUAUUUAACAGGAACGAUCGCCCAGUCUAUAGUUCGUUGAAUUCCAUUUCAUUUUGCCUUCCGUUCGAAGCAACGAAUCAAAAUUAUUUUAUAGUAAUCCCGACAAACCUGUGACAUGUCGAUCCGGAGAACAUCGUUGAUAUCCUACAACCAGCGCCGUGUUGCGCGCUGGUACUUUGGCGGCGUAGCCAGCUCGAUUGCCACCCUCAUUACCCACCCACUGGACCUGAUGAAGGUCCUGGUCCAGACACAGGUGAACAAGCUCUCGCUGAUGGCGACGACCCGCAAAAUAGUCAAAGAGCAAGGUGCCCUGGCCCUCUACAAUGGCAUUUCGGCCUCCCUGCUGCGCCAGUACACCUACACCCUAUCCCGCUUCGGCAUCUACACAUUCGGAGCUGGCGUAAUAGACACCAGCACUAUGACCCGAAAGACAAUGCUGGCUGCCGCGGCAGGAGGAAUUGGUGGCUAUGUUGGGGCUCCAGCGGAUCUGAUCAAUGUUCGACUGCAAAAUGAUGUCAAGUUGCCGAAGGAACAGAGACGCAACUACAAACAUGCCAUCGAUGGGCUCGUCCGCAUCACCCGCGAGGAGGGCUGGCGGAGUCUGUUCAACGGCUCCUCGAUGACCGCCCUGCGUGGCAUGUUCAUGACCGUAGGGCAGAUCGCGUUCUAUGAGCAGAGCAAGGGAAUGCUCAUCGAUAUGGGAAUGCCGCAGAACAUGGGCACCUACAUCAUGGCAUCUAUUAUAUCUGCCGGGACCGCCACGACCCUGACCCAGCCAAUCGAUGUUGUGAAGACCCGUCGCAUGAAUGCUCGCCCAGGCGAGUACGCCAACCUGGCUGAUGUGUUUAUCAAGACGUCGAAGGAGGGUCCACUGGCUUUCUUCAAGGGAUUCACUCCGUCCCUGACUCGCCUCAUGCCACAUACAGUGAUGCUGUUCGUUUUCCUGGAAUACCUGCGAACCCACUUCGGCUAUUUGCCGGAACCCAAGAACACCGGUCCAUAUAGAAAGCAUGUGGACCGCUACGAUGACGAUGAGUCCAAUGAUUAAUUUUACGCAAAGCUCUUCAGAAAUCUUUUGUAAAUAUUGCUGCCAUUUGGAGUACGCUGUUGGUAAAUUUUUAGCUUGUAAAUAAAUUAAAUUUCAGAUCGCA